CAUUAUUGACGACACGGUCACGUGUAGAUAUCAUAAUAUACAUACAAAUUAUUGAAAUAUUUUUGUGAAGUCGGCGUUUGUCCAUAUUGUGUAUUAUACCUACGUUUGCCAUUCCGUCCACUGCCACUGUGACUUCCGUUUGGCGGAUAACCGCAACGAUGUCGCUAUCAAACCAAAUUGUGCUAAAGCUGUGUUAUCUGCUCAAGGGAUCCAGAGGUAAUUUAGUAACCAUGAUGGACGCGUUGCCGUCGUUCACGCUGACUGCCGUCGCCUUAGCUUCGCUCCUCGUCACCGUCUCCGGUUGCGACGAACCGGCGUGGACGUUGAAAAGGGCCGAUGCCGGACCUGGCGCCGUGUCGUUCUUCAACAACACCGUGACCGAUUCGUUUAUGUUGGUCAGAUGGACAUGGAAGGACUCCUCGGCUGGGGUGUGGGACACAAGACUCAGGGUAUCGCUCAAUCAGGAAGACAUAAUCGGUGGUGGUUUUACAUAUACGGAUCAGUACGACAACGAGCUAGCAUCGGUCAGAUGGAUUCGGAUGAAAAACAACGGACCGAUCAAGUGGAAAUAUACGUCAGUCUCUACGCCGCCCGACAGCUGGUGGAUGACGUCCAUUAUACCGUGGGGGAGUAAUAUCACAUGGGGAUUCAAAAACCAAAUCACCGAUGGAACGUGGAUUUUCAAAGUCGGAAACGACACGUUUGAACCAAAAAACGGACAACAUUUCGACGGAUUGCCACAAGCGAUGGGUAAUCGUUGGAGACGAUCUCUAUCACCGACAAUUGAUGCAUCGACAUCUUUUAGUCGAGAAGAAAUUGCGACACUCAAAAAAUUAAGUGACGAACUAAGCAAAAUAGACAGUGACGAGGAAUUGGAAACUGAUGAUGAUAUCAUUGAACAAAUUAUUAGCUAUUUCAAAGAAGUGUUCCAGUUAUUCAGCACAGGAGGAUCACUUGCAACUGGCGGCAUUCAAAUCAGUAACGAAAAGCCGGACGAUUAAUGUUCAUUAUGUUAUUUACUUGUAAGAAGUUUUAUAUUUUCGUUUUGUUUUUUUUUUUAGACAAAAAUGAAUUUAUCAAGUUUCUGUUAUCUAUUCCAAAACGCACUCAUAAGUUAUUUACUUAAAUUAAAUUUGUAUUAAUAAUUUUCAAACUGUAUUGUGUUUGUGUAUUCACAUGAGACUAAUAUAAGUAUUAACUAGGUACUAUUAACUCGGUUAAUAUUUUGAACUGUUGA